AUGUCGCUUAAUAGCUUCGCUCAGACUCUAAAAUCGUUUCACAAGCCAGGGCAGCCUUUUGUUGUAGCAAAUGUCUAUGACGUUCUCUCGGCUAGAGCCGUUGCCUCGCUGCCUAGCAGAAAGGCUCUUGGAACGGCGAGCUAUUCGGUUGCCAGCGCAAAUAGCACCCCAGACGAUGACUUGGAUCUCGAAACUAACCUUUUGGCAAUCAAAGGCAUCGCUUCCGUGGCGAAAGAGUUCAACAAACCUUUGACGGUCGACAUCCAGGACGGCUACUGA